ACUUCGCCGGGAGAGCGUGGCACGAGAGCGGACCCGAUCCCGGUCGUCGCAGACUGUGCACCCUCCACAGCACAAGCGUCAGGACCGAAGGGCGCCGGGAAUACUUCGCCCUUCGGCGACGGUCAGAGGACUGGCGUGCUCCGAAUACGGGACUACGAGACGAAAUACGAGCGGCUGGAUUGGGGUACGGCGAGCGAGGUGGAAGAACGGACGGGGCGAGGAGUCCAGGCGGAUCGAUCUCGUGAUAGCUGCUGGUGCUGCUGCAAGCAAACAAACGUCGUGCCUGCUCUUCACUCGCUCGGAAGAAGCAAAGAAAGACAGCGAGACGGGACCCUGGAGUCAAAGACCCGCGUCCAGAACCUCAGCUUCGGGCCUCUCGGCAUUUAAGCGUGGAGCUUGACCUGCGGAGGUUUUCUGCUCACUUCAUCUCGAGAGCCACGGUGGGAAUCUCAAGCUACAAGGGAAGAGGAAGAGGAAGGGAAGGGCUUGACGGUGUUUUGUAUUGGAAGCCAAGUCGCGAGGGUUUCCUCGAAGUAGGGUGUCGUGCUUUCUCUCGCGCUGUGAUAUCGAGGUUUCGUUCCACUUCUCUAUCCGAAUCGGACACGCCAAUUGGCUGUUGUGGUGGAUAAGGUCGUCUCGGAUCAAGAUACCCGGAGAGCUGAUCUGCCUACAGCACAUGCAGUGAGUAGCUUCGGGAUUAGCUAUUGAUGGCAACACCUCAAGGAGGGAACUAUCCGGCACCUUCUGCUCCGCCAGCCCCGAGUCCGUAUCAUCCUCAGCAGUCCUGGCAGCAGUCCAACUACAGCUCAGGCCCAGGCCCAGCAGAUUACGGCUCCGCUCCGCCACCAAAUUAUAGUGCCGCACCUCCACCCCCGUCUCUUUCUUACAGUGCGAGUCAGAGGCUCCAGCCCACUUAUCAAACUCAGAGCUCAUUCUCUGGCCAGCCUACUUACACUACCCAAAAUACUUACGCAGGCACACCAACCCCUCCUCACUAUUCAGAGUCGCAUAAAAUGAGUAAUUCGUACUCUCAGGCUCCAAGCAGCUAUGCGCAACCUGGUGCACAUCAGAGUUACGGACCGAGCCAGACAUUACCGAACACUUACGGACAGUCUGCACCACAGACGAGCUAUGGGAAGCCUGCUCCACCAGUUGGCUAUGGACAACAACCAUCAUACUCAUCGCAGUCCACCUAUCCUCCACAAUACCCUCCUGCUUAUGGAGCUCCCUAUGGGCAGCAAGGCUACGGUCGACCUAAGGUGCAGUUUCCUCCUGGAACUGAUCCGGAGGCUAUCAUGGCCUUUGAGCAGGGUGAUGUAGAUUGCAGCGGUUUCAUCGAAGAAAACGAAUUGGGCAGAGUACUGUCGUCAGGGAUAUCUUUCAGUAUGCGUACUGUGCAUUUGAUGCUGCAUCUGUAUGCAGGGAAGACCUCAAACAAGAUUGGACCAGUAGAAUUUGUUGCUCUAUGGAAGGCUUUGAAAGAAUGGAAGGGAGUGUUUGAGAGGUUUGACAGGGAUCGUAGCGGGAGAAUUGACACACAAGAGCUAAAGGAUGCUCUCUUGAGCAUGGGAUACGCUAUUUCACCGAAUCUAUUAAGUAUCUUGAUAUCAAAAUACGAUAAGACUGGGCAGGCCAAAGCUUUGGAUUACGAUAAUUUUGUUGAGUGUGGACUUGUUGUGAAGGGUUUGACGGACAGGUUUAAGGCAAAGGAUGUGCAGUUCAGAGGUUCUGCGACCCUGGAUUACGAGACAUUUAUGCAGAUGGUUUUGCCUUUCAUUGUUGCUUGAGGACAAAGUGCACUUCAUAAGUAGGCCUUAAGGCUUUUUGGAAGUCCAUCGGUGACAGGAAAAUUUUGAAUUUGGGUUGAAAACACAACUAUCUUCUGAUAUUUGUAGGAAUGAACACAUUAGAACAGAUCUGUGCAGAUUUUUGUAGGUAGCUGAGUUUACUUUCUGUUUCAAAGUCCAGUCUCAAAUGAGUGGGUCUCUACGAAAUUGAUUUUUGACGCAUUGCACUGCGAUCCCAGCCUGUAGGCAAGGACACCCGAGCGGCAGUUGCUGCUCUUGUAGAUAGAUGUCUGCAAACUACUGCAAAAUUCCGUGUUUCCUAUGAAACCUUGGAAUACUCACAGUUCAACUAAUCAAAAACAAAUCAAGGUGCCAUUUCUGGCUACUUUUAGAC